AUAUGUUUUGGAAUAUUUUAAGACUUUAAUGUCAAUAUAUAGGUCUAUAACAUUGAAGGCAGAUGUUUGUUGCAGUUUGACAUUAGAUUGUGUUGCAGUAGUGUGAAAACAAGAUGACUUAACUAACAGUAGAAAAUUGCAGAUUUGUAUUAGGAUUUCAUUGAAUAUAUAGUUAUAGUUAAGUACCAUUCUUUGCAGAUGCUUUAAUCACUUGUGCAUCAUAAUUUUAUUUGAAGAGACAAUAUAUGUGACAUAGUAGAGCAAUGGGUACUAUAACAUGGACAUUUGUAGUUGGUGCCGUUACCAUGGUGAUGACAUACAUUGGAAUAAAGCUGUAUAGAUAUUUGAAAUGGCUGAGAUAUGUCACUAAAAUUUUAUCUAAAUUACCCGGUCCAAAACCACACUGGUUAUUUGGAAAUAUUUUUCAGAUAGGAAAUUUUAGUGAUUUCCAAUAUAAAUGUCAUGAAGAAUUCAUAGUACAGAAAAGAGAGAAGAUAUAUGUGUUUUGGUUGUCAAUGUUGUUUCCCACUGUGAUGCUUGCACAUCCAGAUACCAUCAAAGAAGUGAUGAGGUCUAAUUCACCAAAGCCUACAGUAGGACCAGGGUAUCCAUUCCUUGUACCCUGGCUAGGUCAAAGCCUUCUUGUAUCAAAUGGACUUAAAUGGGAGAGAAAUCGUCGAUUGUUGACACCAGCUUUCCACUUUAGUAUAUUGGCAGGGUAUUUCAAGAUUUACAACGAAGUAACUGAUGUAUUAUUGGAUAAAUUGGCAACUAUUUGUGAAAAGAGAAAAUACAUAGAUAUUUUCAAACCAGCUAGCAUGGCUACUUUAGACACUCUACUUCAGUGUGCCUUAGGAUAUAAGGGAGAUGUACAACAAGUUGGAGAAAACCAUCCAUAUGUAAUAGCAGUGAAUCGACUUGGUUUUCACAUUCAGGAAAGAUGUUUAUAUAUUCACCACUACCCAGAGUUCAUAUACAGAUACCUUACAGCUAAUGGCAGAGAAUUCUUCCAACUUUGUGAUUAUGUUCAUAAAUUCUCAAAAGAUAUCAUCUCUACAAGAAGAAAAGAACUGAAUGAAAGUAAAGAAACAGAGAAAAAGAAACACUUGGACUUCCUGGAUAUUUUAAUAACAGCAAAAGAUGAUAAUGGUGUAGGACUGACAGAUGAUGAAAUCAGGGCAGAAGUCGAUACCUUCCUUUUUGCUGGUCAUGACACAACAUCCUGUUUACUCAGUUGGAGUAUGUAUUGUUUGAGUAAAUUCCAAGACAUCCAGGACAAAGUUUACCAGGAAAUUAAGGAGGUCAUUGGCAACAAAAAUACUGUUGACAGUGAAGAUCUACCAAAUUUGAAAUACUUGACAUGUUUCCUGAAGGAAGUAAUGAGAUUACAUUCACCAGUAUCGAUAGUUAACAGAAUGCUUGAACAACCAGUUGUUAUUAACGGUUUAGAGAUACCUGCUGGUAUAUUAAUAGAUCUUGGUAUUUAUCAUGCUCAAAACCAUCCUGAUGUCUGGCAAAAUCCCACGGAGUUUAAACCAGAGAGAUUUGAGGGAGACAAACAUCAUGAAAUGGAUCCAUAUAGCUUUACUCCAUUUUCAGCUGGACCCAGAAACUGUAUUGGAAUGAACUUUGCACAGAAUGAAGAAAAAGUGAUGAUAGCGAGAAUUAUCAAAAGAUUUGAAAUAUCACUAGAUCCAGAUCAUGUUGUUGAACCUUUCAUGGAGGUUGUUUUGAGGGCAAAAACUGGUAUCAUGGUGAAUUUCAAAGAAAGAGACUUGUGAAAGACUUCUCAAGAUGUUUAUUUCUGCAAUGAUGGCUAAUUUGCUUAACAAGAGUUAAUACAUGCACUUCAGAGUAUAAAAUCAUUUUUUGAAGCUAUAAAAUUACCACUGCUUGAACAAAUUAAAGCAAGAAUCACAUUAUCAAGGAGUGGCAAGAGAGAUUUUUGUCAAAAAAAAUUUCAAAUGUUUUUAAAAAAUCCAUCAACAAGGGAGAUAAAUCAGGAAAGUGGUACAGUGCUUUAUAAAAUUAAUAUAUCUUUUAAAACUGAAGAUACCACAAAAGGAGAUUAUUCAUACAUUAUUUAAUGACAUUUACAAUUUUUGUAUUUGUUGUGUGUAUUUGUAACAUUGGUAAAGAAAGUUGUGCAAAUUGUUUUAGUUUGUAGCAUUUCUAAUACAUGUAUUAAGCUGGUUGUACUCACAUGUUACAAUUAGAAUGUGUUAUUAAGGAAGGGAUUUGCUUUGAGAGUGUUGUUGGUUGGAUACCAAUUACGUGUUUCCCACUGUUAAAUAAAACUUCCAGUGAAAUGCAAUCUUUUAAUUAAAAAGUAUUGUUCCUAGAAUGGAGUCAUGAUUUGUUUUUUUGAAAAUUCAGAAAUUGGUCCUUAAAUGGUAAAUGAAAUACAAAAUUUAUGAAUUUAAUUCAAUUGUAUCUGAAAAUAUUCAUGAUUAUAAUAAAAAUGUAUGCAUCAAACCCAAUAUUUUCAUCUCUCAAUUUUCAGCUGCAUAAAGCAGAAUAUCAAAACAAAAAUGGUUACCUAUAUAUUCACACCUUUCAAAGCUCGCCAUGUUUUACAGGCAAAAUACUUAAAUUUGUUACUUUUCAAUGCUUUUUGAAUUGUUUAUUGUUUUUUUUUUUAUUUAUUAAUAUUUUGUAUUUAAUGGACUUUUUUUGCCUCAGUCAAUGCAAGUAAUAUUUAUAUUAUUUCUGUGCUAUUUGAAUAUUAAUGUUUAUUGUUUUUAUACAUGUACAUUUGUUUUUGAAUGUUUUAUACUUUUAUUUGAUGGAGUAUUUAUGCCUCAACUGCAAUUGCAGCAGGUAAAUUAUUCACUGUCUGUGUGUAUGCCAGAAUCUUUGUUAAUUCAUACAUUCUGGUUAUUGUUGUUGUAACAUAGUCACUUUUUGAAAACGCAUUAACUUGAAGUUAAGCAAUAAUCAAUCAAUCAUUCUGAUUCAACCAAUUGUUUUAAGGUAUUUUUAUGUGAAGUAAGGACACAAAACUUAAUACAGCAUAUAACUACCUAUAAAUUAUACAUGUAAUAAGAUAUAAACUUU